UAACAUUUUAGUGCUGGCAACAUGGUGAGGUGCAUUAGGAUGCAAUGGUUUGUCUUGUUGAUCCUCAUUCUGAGUUGGGCUUGUGCCAUCUCUCUCACCUUCGCCGGGAUAUACAUACUCUUCGCCCACUCCCAAGCUCAGGAAGUGCAUAUGUACAUAAAUGGCCAAGUGAAAAAGGUAAUGGUGCAGCGUGAUGUCCAACAAAGUUGGUGGACAGUGAUGGAUGGCGUGCUUAUGCUAAUCGGAAGCUGCAUCUUCAACGGGAUACUGUUGACUUCGAUGCUGGUCUGCUUGGUAAGGGAGCGGCGCCGCCGACGGCUGGAGCAUCGUCAAAGUGUCGCCAACCAGCAGGAACCACCGCCAGAUUACAGCACAGUUAUGAAAGAAGAGACGCCUCCUCCUACUUAUUCCUCGCUGGACCUUGACUCCACCACCACCUCCACCUCUCCUUCUCCCUCCCCGUCCCCUUCCCUCUCGUCCCGUGCGAAUUCAUUGUCUCCACUAUCCGAGACUGUGCAGGAAACUACUGUGUAGAUAAGAGUUUUAAUGUGACGCUUGGUGGUGUUGCUUUUCGUUUUGUUAGUUAUGUUCCAUUAGCAAAUCCGUUUGUUGGUAAUUGCUUGUGGAAGUAUAAGUUACCACUCCACUGGUUAAUGGCUUCGUAUGAAACUCCGGUUGAAAUGCAAUAAAAGCAUACUUGAUUUUUAAGGCAAAACACUUUUUUUUUGUUUGUGACUAGCUCAUAAUUAAUAUACACGUGAAUCAGUCUUGCAACAUGUCAAUAGCAAGUAUGUAUGGAUGUGUAUGUGUGUGUGUCACACAUACAUAUCUCCAUAGCGCAGUCAAGUGUAAUAGUAAAGAAAUACUGUACGGACAUGACUGUUACAUCUUCAUCAUCAGCAUGUGUUUCAUUCCACACACUCACAAACCUAACCAGCUGGAACAAACAGGAUGAAGUAGGCAGAUGUGGGAGUGAUGCUGCUGGCUUGCUGGGUCGUUGGGCUGUUGAAUGGCAGGGGAAUGACUAGUCUGAGGAACUGUAACAUUCGUUACUCGGGUACUAAUGGUAAAUAGGAAAUGCUUUAUGCUGUGCAUCGCAGGAUAAGUGAAAGGCUUUUUUUUUUUUUUUUUUAGGAAAUGUAUAUAAUAAAGCAUUUCGAUAACAUGGGGACGCCGCCGCCACCACCACCGCCGCCGCCGCCGCCGCCGCCUCCACCACCAUCACCGCCUGCCACAAUCUCAAGAGCCACCCGCUACCUCUUAGGAAACUUACGGCUGCUCUACUACACGAUCCUCAGGUCCUGCACUCUAUAGGAAACACACUCGUCUCAACACAGGUUUGCUUACAUACAUAUAUUUACUUGGCUGAACUCUCUAAACUACAUAACGAGGGUGUGAUGGAGGUGGGUGGGGGGAGCAACACUGUACAACUAAACGUGGUGUUCUGCUCGGUCACCCGGCGAGAAGACUCGAUGGCAGGACACGCACUUCAUCGCUCUCGUAGACUAACUUCAUCCAAAACAGACUACAGCGUUUAUAUACGAAACUUCUGAAACAACGUGCCCGCUGAAAACGUAAGUAUAUCCAACCAUGUACACGAGAGAGGUAUGGAAACCAAGUAGAUAACAAUGGUGACUCGAACAGGUCUCAGCAGUAGGCACCACAGGUCAUCAACAAUCCAGAUAAGACUGACUGAUUUCCUUUUGCUAAUGCCACUUUGCCCUUCU